CGCAACAGAAUCCCCGGCGGAAGCACACGAUGGCCGGAACCAACGCGGCGGAUUCGAGUCUCUACCAGGUGUUGGUGGAAUGGUGCCAGAGGAUGGAGACGAGUCAGGCGAGGCUGAGGGAGGACGUGGAUGAUCUGUUGAACCAGGAGGAGAGGAGGAUCGGAAUCGAGGCGGCGCCGGAGGCUGAUGAUGACGUGGAGGAGGCGGAGGAGGCUUGGGAUAGUCCGUCGGCGACUUGGGAGAGAGCUGUGUCGGGGUUUUACUUCGCCGAUAGUGCGUAUCGGACUUUGAUGGAUUCCAUGGGGCAUGCGAUCCAUGUAACGUCCGCUGGUUCGGGAGAGAUUACAUUCUGGAGUCGAUCAGCUGAGAAUCUUUACCACUGGUAUGCGGAGGAAGUUGUUGGAUACAGAACGAUUGAUGUGCUUGUAACCGAGGAGUAUCGUAACUGCCUCAUGAGUAUCAGGAACAGGGUAUGCCGGGGGGAGACUUGGACUGGUCAAUUUCCGUUUCAGAAGAAAACAGGAGAGUUAUUCAUGGCACUGGUGACUAAAAGCCCUAUUUAUGAAGACGGGGAGCUUGUUGGUGUUGUUACUGUUUCAAGCGAUGCGACGCUGUUUAAUAGGAUGCAUCCGUUGAGUAGUGAGCAUCAUCAACAAGCGUUUGGUAAUAGUAGACCUGAAUCGAAUUUGAGGAAGCACCAGUGGCACCUCCCGAGGCCUCAGAUAGUUGAAGUGCCGCAGAAUCUUCCAGCUGUUCCGCAGAUUACAUCAGCUGUUUCAAACCUGGCGUCGAAGCUUCUACCACAGAGAAAUGGAGAUGAUUCCUUUAAUGCAAAUCAGAGUUCUAGGAGCAGAGAUGAAAAUGUUCCGGUUGUUGCCUCCACAACUUUCGAAAAGUACGGUUCAAUGGCGGAUAAGUUUCUGGGGAAGCUGCAAAGGAAGAUUACUGGCAGCCAAGGAAAAGAAGAUAACGAGCCUAUCUUAGGAAGUGGAAUAAAUAAGAUGGCUGGGGGUAGUGGAUCUGUUUCUAGGGCUUCUAAUGGAGUUAGCGGCACGACCUUCAGAGACAAUGGCAAUGGAAAGCUAAAACAGUCUGAAACUAGAUUGUCCGAUGCCUACGGGAGUGGAGCUACUCGAGGUUUUACUGAAGAGAGACAGUUAGUACCACCUGCUAGAGACCGUUUUCAGUUUAUUGGGAAUCUGAGUCAAAAGAAACCACCAAAAGGACCAGAGUGUGGUUUGGUUUCUGGCAGGGGAACAAGAAUGUCGGACUUAAACGGUGAGAUAGAAGAUGCUUGGACUGCUCGGCCUAGUGCUGAUCCCUUUCCAGGCCUUGAAGUCAGCGUUGGUAGGCAACAAAGCCCAUCGAGCCAAGUGAAUAAUGGAUUUGUCACCGACUCCUCGUGUGAGAUACGGUGGGAAGAUCUUCAACUUGGGGAAGAAGUUGGACGAGGUUCAUUUGCUGCUGUUCAUCGAGGAGUUUGGAAUGGAUCGGAUGUUGCUAUUAAGGUUUACUUUGAGGGUGAUCACAACGCGAUGACUUGGACGGAAUGCAAAAAGGAGAUCAACAUUAUGAAGAAACUGAGACAUCCGAAUGUGCUGUUAUUUAUGGGAGCAGUAUGCUCCGAAGAAAAAUCUGCCAUAGUCAUGGAGUAUCUGCCAAGAGGGAGUCUCUUCAAAAUACUUCAUAGUUCGAAUCAGCCACUGGACAAGAAGCGUCGUUUGAGGAUGGCCCUUGAUGUUGCUAGGGGAAUGAAUUACUUGCACCGAAGGAAUCCUCCAAUAGUACAUAGAGACUUGAAAUCUUCCAAUCUUCUAGUCGACAGAAACUGGAAUGUCAAGGUUGGAGACUUUGGGCUGUCAAAGUGGAAGAACGCAACAUUCUUAAGCACUAGAUCCGGGAAAGGAACACCACAGUGGAUGGCCCCUGAAGUUCUAAGGAGUGAACCUUCGAAUGAGAAGUGUGAUGUGUUCAGCUUUGGAGUCAUCUUAUGGGAGCUAAUGACUACUUUAAUACCAUGGGACCGUCUAAACUCUAUCCAGGUUGUUGGAGUUGUGGGAUUCAUGGACCGACGGCUGGACUUGCCUGAAGGAUUAAAUCCUCGUAUCGCAUCCAUAAUACAGGAUUGUUGGCAAACUGAUCCAGCAAAACGACCGUCCUUUGAGGAAAUAAUAAGUAGGAUGAUGAGCCUGUUCCGCAAAGCGGGGUCGAGUGCACAGGAAGACGAGGAUUGAGAAGGUCAAAAUGGCUCAUGGUUAGAGGGUGGUUCACGCAAAGCAAAGGACGUGAACAAAGGAAAACUAUACUUCUGAUAAGUUAAUAUGAUAUACAAUGUGUCUCGUUGUAUUAUUAUGUGCUAAUUAUAUAUUCACCAAAUCUUCCAAAGUGUAGAAUAGCUAAAAAAAAGGCUCCAUCAAAAAAAAAAAAGAAAAAAAAGGCAUUCAAGUUGGUUUGUCUUUUACAGUUUUGGAAAAUGUAUUAUUCAACAAAAUCUCCGGUUACUCUUGGUUCAAUUUGCGAUCAAAUUUGGUUUCGGUUCUGUUUAUUCAGUACAAAAAAACAUAUCACA